ACUUCCGGUUCCGCCGGGACCCAGAAGCCAGGCUGACAAAUGGCGGCGUCCACGAAACAGGCCACCGGGGGCGUUGAAGAGGCCGCGGCGGAAGAGGAACCGCGAAUUCUGGAACCCGGGGCCGCCCCGUUUGGAAAUUUCCCUCAGUAUUCCCGCUUCCAUCCUCCAGAACAGCGGCUCCGCCUCUUGCCCCCGGAGCUGCUUCGCCGGCUUUUCCCUCAGAGUCCCGAAUCGAGGCCGAUCCUGGGGCUCGACGUAGGGUGUAACUCUGGGGAUCUGAGUGUGGCUCUAUACAAACACUUCCUUUCCUUACGUGACGGGGAGACCUGCUCAGAUGCCUCAGGAGAACUCCAUCUACUCUGCUGCGACAUAGAUCCAGUCCUGGUGGAACGAGCUGAAAAAGAAUGUCCUUUUCCUGAUGCCCUGACCUUUAUCACCCUGGACUUUAUGAAUCAAAGAACCCGGAAAGUUCUCUUGAGCUCUUUCUUAAACCAGUUUGGACGGUCAGUUUUUGACAUUGGCUUCUGCAUGUCAGUAACCAUGUGGAUUCAUCUGAACCAUGGGGACCGUGGUCUGUGGGAGUUCCUAGCCCACCUUUCCUCCCUCUGCCGCUACCUCCUUGUGGAGCCUCAGCCCUGGAAGUGUUACCGGGCAGCUGCAAGGCGUCUCCGGAAGCUGGGCCUCCAUGACUUUGACCACUUCCGUUCCCUUGCCAUCCGAGGUGAUAUGGCCAAUCAGAUUGUGCAGAUCUUGACCCAGGACCAUGGCAUGGAAUUAGUAUGCUGCUUUGGCAACACCAGCUGGGACCGAAGCCUUCUGCUCUUCAGGGCAAAACAAGCCACAGAGACUCAUCCAAUUCCUGAAUCACUGGUAGAGGAAGGGAAAGAAAAGAACAGAUUAAGAUCCUGGAGACAGUGAAAUGGGAGGGUGGGAAGGCCAGGGAAGAGAUAUUGAAAGAGUGUUAUACAAAGAAUUAAGUUCACUGUCCUUAAUUCGUGAUUGUAAGGCAGCCUCAAAACCUGGCAGAAACUUUUGGCAAAAAUGUCCAAGACAUGCAAUUGAAAGAAUCAGUAUCUAUUCCCCACUGUUUGAGUUGAUUCUGGAAGAAGAGACUGUAUCUGUGGAGCAAUGAGCUGGGCUCUCGGGAUUGAGAUGGCACAGGAAAAGCGAUCUUGGUUCUAGGAUAUGGAGGGGGCUGCUUCUAGUGGUUAGAGACUUAGCCCAGGCUAGCCUUAGAAUGUAUCUGUUCCAUGGGCAACUUGAAUCUGAUCUGGCUUCUGCAGGCUUUUGCUGGACUUCCUUAUCCUGCCUUCAGGCAGCACCUCACAAUACAAUCUGGAAUGAAGCGUCACUGGCUUGGCUAAAGGAGAGAAUUAGUAUGAAAAACAUCUUAUCUUUCCAGAGCAGGUCAUGUAUCCAACAUGCCCAGGCCCAGCACAGCAUGUAACAGAUACUAGCCAAAAUGCGCUGGCUAGCAUUUAUAAGAUGUUUAAAAGAUUUAAAUUAUGACCCAAUAUCCAGCUGGUACAAAUACAAUGAAUGAAGUGGGACUGUAUAGUUAUAUAUAAUAAAAGUGACUUGAGUAUGA